ACACACACACAUGACCCGGGUCACAUGACGCCGAGCCUUGAUACUACCUCCUGGUUCAGACGGACUGGCUACACGGAGCGAGGCUAGCUGUUAGCUUCUACUGUCUAGACGGCCGAGAUGAGUUUCCUUGGCGGUUUGUUUGGGCCGGUCUGUGAGAUAGAUGUACUGCUGAACGAUGCAGAGAACAGAAAGACGGCCGAGUUGAAGACGGAAGAUGGGAAAGUGGAGAAACACUACCUGUUCUACGAUGGGGAGUCUGUGUCUGGGAAGGUGAAUCUAAAUGUGAAGCAGGGAGGAAAGCGACUGGAGCAUCAGGGCAUCCGCAUCGAGUUUGUUGGACAGAUAGAGCUCUUCUCUGACAAGAGCAACACCCAUGAGUUUGUGGACUUGGUGAAAGAGUUGGCUCUGCCUGGAGAACUCACCCAGAACAGGAGCUACGACUUUGAGUUCAUGCAGGUGGAGAAGCCCUAUGAGUCCUAUACUGGAGCGAAUGUCAGGCUAAGGUAUUUCCUCAGGGUGACAAUAGUUCGUCGUCUGUCUGACUUGGUGAAGGAAUACGAGCUGAUUGUCCACCAGUUAGCCACCUACCCAGAUGUCAACAACUCAAUCAAGAUGGAGGUCGGCAUAGAAGACUGUCUGCAUAUUGAGUUUGAGUACAAUAAAUCCAAAUACCACCUUAAGGAUGUGAUUGUUGGGAAGAUCUACUUCCUGCUGGUCAGGAUCAAGAUCCAACACAUGGAGCUACAGCUCAUCAAGAAGGAGAUAACGGGCAUAGGUCCCAGCACUACCACAGAGACAGAGACGGUUGCAAAGUAUGAGAUCAUGGAUGGAGCUCCAGUUAAAGGAGAAUCAAUCCCCAUCAGACUGUUCCUGGCAGGAUAUGACUUGACACCAACCAUGAGGGAUGUCAACAAGAAGUUCUCUGUACGCUACUUCCUCAAUCUGGUCCUGGUCGAUGAAGAGGACAGAAGAUACUUUAAACAACAGGAGAUUGUUUUGUGGAGAAAAGCUCCAGAGAAGCUGAGGAAAAGAAACUUCCAUCAGCGCUACGAGUCGCCCGAGCCCCGAACCCAGCCAGUUAAUGCAGAACAGCCAGAGAUGUAACGGGCGCUGCUAUGAACUGAAAAUACACACAGACACACCCCAACUCUUCACUGCUGAACAGCCAGAGGUGUGAGCGCUGCCCCACUAUCUCCUGAGACUGAGAAAUGUCUGUAUACAUAAAUACACACAACAUACCUUUAGACACCCCACCCUCGCCCCACCUUCACAGCUUCAGGUGUGAGUGGUCUCACCACCAUCACACAACCUCCCCCAGGACUGAAACACGCUCGCAUACAGAUGCACAAGCAUACAAUCCAAGAAGGCCGAAUGCUAAAUGUCAAAUCAAACCAACCCAAGUAAGGAACAGUGAGACAGCCUAUUUUGAUCUCUGCGUCUCAGACUGAAAACACACUCACACACACACACCGCACACACACACACACACACACAAGUGAAGCCAUACAGUCUCGGUUUGCUUAAUGCAUUAUAAUACAGGAGCACAGAUGGAAAAGAGGAGAUGGCUACAGACAACCGCCACACAAUUUAUCCCAUUCUUCUGCAACAGGAGCUUCUUUUAUUUGCAUAUUUGGACCGCGCUUAUCCUGGACUUUCCGUGGCAUCCUCCCUCCCACACACCCUUUUUUAAAAUGACGCUCUCCAGAGUCUAGCCAGUGAUGUGAAAGUAUUCAAGAUGCGGGGAUCGGCCUGAACGGAGGACGUGAGAGGCUAAGCUCUGAGUCAACACACAGUCUCUGUGUUUAUUCACAAUACCCGAGUUUAAGCUACCGUGAUGCUCUUGUUCAUCUGUCUAGCACUUCUGAUGCAACAGUCGUCCACAGACGGCUUUUUCCAUGCAAAUGUCUGCUUAAUUAGGACAUUAAGAGUUUAAUGCAACAAAUGUCCAUCUCAACAUAAAUGCUUCCUAUUUUUUAUCUUCUAAUGUGGCUGUUUUGUAAAAUGAAAACAUAUUCCUCUCAGACAUACAUAUUCCAUGUUUCCAGUCUCAUUUCAUACAAACUGUUUUUGAUUUAAGGUGGACAUUAUCAUUUCAGUGUCAUGUAUUUCAAACAAUCUUUUUCAAACUGCAACUAAUGAAUAUUUUCAUUAUCGGUUAAACUGCAGAUUCUCAGUUAAUUAAUUAAUUGUUUAGUCUAUUAUAGAGAGUUCCUUGAAAUAAUGACUGAAAACAAUGAAUCGAUCAUCCAAAUAUUUGCCAGUACGUCUUCUAAACGAUUGAUUAAUCAGUUAAUCGGCUAAUGGUUGCAGCUCUUAAAGCAUCAUACAUUCAAAUGCUCUGCUUGUUAAAGAUUCUCAAGCUCAAUACAACAUUUCAGUCUCUUGUUAAGAUGAAUAUUUGAUGCAGUUUUCACUGAUGGGCUUUGUCGGGUUACUACAGGAUUGCCUCUAAAUGUAUCUAAAGAUUCCUUCUUGUGUUUUUCUAAAGUCAAGAUGUUUCUCUGGCACGGGACACUUUGUUUGAUCUCUAAAGUGCCAUUUAUUUAUGACUAAUCUUUAAGAAUAGAAACCUUUUUUGUUGUUUGUCUUCCAGAGCUAUUUAAUGGUCGGUUCACCGUAAUUACAAAAAGAAGAGAAGAGUUAAAUUUCAGCGCUUUGAGCACCGCAAAUGGAUUUCCAUUCACCUCCACUUUACUGGAGUGGAGGACGAAAUUCCAGAGAGAUAUCUCCAAACUUGGAUGCUAUAAAUCUGUAUGGCUAAAUGGGAAAUAUGUUCAUUUGUAAUUUGGUUGAACUGAACCUUUAAAUUCCUGCGCCAGGGUCGGUGUCUGCUGACUCUGACUUCAGUUGAUGUAAGAAAUUCUUCAAUUUCUAAAAUUCAAAGCUUAAAAAAAAAGGUGGAAAGUUAAGGAAGUUGUCCGGCUACUUAUACCUGAGAGUGAACGUUCUGUCAAUCACUACACUAGCGGUUUCUGUUUACAUGUUAAAUGAUUCAAUAGAGAAAAAAAUGAAAUAACCAGCAGGCUGUAGUUUCACAGUUCUUGUCAGUUUUACUUUCCUUUCAUAGGGUGCUGCGUUUUUUUUGAGCCGGUCGGUUUGGUAUGAGUAGAAUACUAAUGUUAUUAAAUGGCUCAUGUCUGCUAUUGUAAGCACUGGAAGGGAUGCAGUAUCAAUACACUGUAAAAUCCAACAAUGUUCCACUGUGAUGCUCAGACCGGCAGUUUAGGUCCCGCUUUAAAGACACACGCACAGACAGUUUGGUGAUGUUGCUGGCCUUGUGUGUAGGUUGAAUUUGCCCUUAAGCUCUGAUCUGUGGCCAGUUUUGCACUUUCCCCUCCAAUGCUUAACUUUUUUUAAAAGGGGGCAUGGAAGCUGAAACUAAACAUCAUUCAAGGACAACUUCACCUCAGAGAUCUCCUGUGUCUGUAAUGGAAAUGACACUGUCAUUUAUAUAUCACUACUUGUUUUAAUUGGACUUACUAAGUACAAUACUUUGUUGCUUUAUGUCUCUUUCAUAUGCAAGUCAUGCUGUUACAUGUUUUAUUUCAUAAACUUCUGGACACUCACAUGUAUAGUUCAGAUGUAUUUAUUCCUUUAAAAUAGUUUUGACCUCUUUCUUUUGUUUGGGAAUUGUAAUUUGUUUGCAAGUAAAGGCUUCUUUCUUUGUGCCUGUCAGACAUAUUUUCUGUCUCUGCACACUGUACAGGUAGGGUUUGUUGGGUGUACUUUAAAUACCUUCAAAGGUAAUGAAGAGACACUUAAAUGCCAAAACUCUCUGCCCCUGUCUUAUCUACUGCAUGUUGAUCUUUACACAAUGUCUAAUCAUGCCAUCGAUGUGUGUGUGUGUGUGUGUGUGUGUGUGUAUGAUAAUGUGUAUAUACACCAAACCCAAAUAUAUAGCUAAAAUGAAUCGUGAAUAAAGCAAAUUUAUACUGAA